UCAAAUCGUUUAAGGAAAUUUGCUACCUCAAUUGAUCAAACAAUGUGACUAAAGAACAAAGUGUACAAGUUAAUAAAUACUGAAUUUUGAAUAAAUACAAAUGUUGUAUAAUUAUGGGCUCGAGGCCUUAGUACCAAAUAUACUUUGAAUGGGUGUAUGUUGAAUUUACAUAAAGUUUGAAUAAAUUAGAUGCCCAUUGUCACAACAUAGACUAUGGCAGAUCUGAGGGAACAUACCUUACUGCUGGACAAGACGGAUCAUGAUAACCAGGGGUAUACUAAUCUUGGUUAUGGGAGCAGGAAGGAGUCAGCAAGCAGUUUUAGCAGUAUAGACCAUAAAUUAACUCUAGAUGAGUUGUUAUACAGAAUUCAGUUUGCUUUCUUAAAUAAAGGGUAUAAUGUAGAGGCAGACAUACAACAGUUGUUACAGGAAUGUGAUGAAGAUGAUAUAGACAUACUGUUACAGGGUCUAAACUCUUACCCACUGAAAAUUCAACAAAAACUAGAAAUAUCAAGGUUAUUACGCAGAGAGGGAAAUAUGAAAAUUAAAUAUAGGAGAGGAAAAGACCAAAAAAUGCAAAAGAGAAAAGGUGCUGACAGUGUUUUGGCUAUGUUUGCACUGUGGGAAGAAACAAUUAAAAAGAUUUCUGCAUAUUUUGGUAGCAAUGUAGCCUCAUAUUUCCAGUUUGUGAGGACUCUUCUAUACAUAAACAUAAUGAUGAUGAUGUUGAUGGUUGGAUUUAUUAUUGUACCAGAGAUAAUUCAGGGUAAUUUCCAGACCGAUGUGACUUAUGGAGGACAUUUUGGUGAGCUGUCCAACAGUUUCAUGUUUUAUGGUUUGUACACGGAGGAUCUUGGGCUGUCUUACAAUCUACCUCUAGCAUACUUCCUGACCUGGUUAUCAGCCAAUCUUGUUUGUUUCAUCUACAUCAUAGCUAUAAUGAUAGUGAGGUAUCGCAGAAGUAAGUUAGCUGAUGACAGAGGAAAUGAGUACAAGUUUGCUUGGCGUACUUUCUGCUCCUGGGAUCAUUCUGUAACUAGUAGACAGGGCGUUAUUGACUUUAGGACAUCUUUAAAAACUGAUAUAAAAGAGAUAGUAAGGGAAGAAAAGAGUUCAGUUAGAGUGGAUUCUUGUACCAAGUUUCGGAACUAUAUGGGAAGGAUUUUUAGUAACCUUGUAGUACUGGGUUUACUGGUUGGAAGUGGAUUCCUGAUAUAUGAAGUAGCUGAUAAUGAAGAUCUUCUAAAAGAUGUUGCUGAUUUUGAUUUUGUCAGAAAAUAUCAGCUUACAGCUACUGUGGCAGGGCUCAAGCUUCUUGUUCCCCUUGUGUUUGAGCAGUUGGUACGACUUGAAGGGUGGCAUCCCAGGAUUGAAACCAAAAUCACUUUAGCAAGGACAACAGUGUUCUAUAUUGCCAGUUUAAUGAUAUUUGUGACAUCAUUGUAUGAUGUCACAGGUGACCUCUCUUCUGAUUCAAAUCAGGUUGCUGGGACAGGAAACAGUACAUCAUCUUGUUGGGAGAAUGAAGUAGGAGAAGAAGUUUUCAAGGUCGUUUUGGUUGACCUAGGCAUACUAUUUGCUGUUGGUAUCCUAUUUCAUCUACACAGGGCAUUGUGGGUAAACUGCACUUGUAAAAUGAUAGGAUACAGUAAAUUUGAUGUUGUAUCAAGUGUAUUAGAUGUGGUAUAUGGACAAUGUCUGGUAUGGUUAGGUCUGUAUUUCUCACCACUUCUGGCUGCUAUAAGUGUCUUUAAACUCAUCAUUGUCUUCUACUUCAGAUACCUAAUAGCAAAGGUUGCUAUGGUACCGCCACAACAGUUGUUCCGAGCUUCCAGUACGGGAAACUUCUACCUAGCUUUACUGCUUCUCAACCUUUUUAUCAGUUUGUUUCCUAUGACAUAUGCUGUUAUAGA